GCGCAUCUCCUGAGAUGUUAGGAUUUUAUUGCAAAAAUGCUUCCUUAGGUGUUUCUGAUAAUUAUCCCCAAUCUAAUACUAGAACAGCUUUGUUGUGCCUGAAACACCCUGAUAUGAUGUGAAACAACAGAAACAACUAAAAUUCGACAAAAGCCAGCUAUAAUUUGGAAAAAAGAUGAAGUCCAGUCCGUUGCACUGAUUACAGUUAUAUAUUGUUCUGAAAAAUAAACAUGUUUCCAUAAAAAAAGUCCCACUUUCAACAUCUGAAAAGACCUGUAACACGCACGCACACACACCUAUGUGACAUUUUGCUUUUAGCGUCUAGCACGGGUAGCCUCGUGUCUGUCUAUAUUUCUUUGUAUUUCUGUAUGUGAUCAGAUAUUCCUAUGGCAGUAUAACUAUAUUGUAAUCCUAAGUAACCUGAAUUAGACACAGUAAUGAUUACACGGAGUGAGGAAAAGCGGCACUUUGUUAAUGGAGUUUGGGGUUGUGAACAAAUUCAGCAUCGUCAUCCUAGUCAAGCAGGCCGAAAACCAAUGAAGAUUAUCUUAACAUAUGAUACUUGUAGUGUCAUACCUUCUCGGUAUGAUAUGUUAGAAAAUUCUACUGUUGAGUCCUUGAUUCCGUUUAACGAUUGCACGACAUUUUUACCUAAACUAACUGAGCAAAUGUGCCCAUAGUGAAAGUUUCAAUUAAAUAUUCACAGUACCCAGUAUCUAGUGACACCCAACUUAGUGGUUUGUCAUUCAGAUUUUAUGGUGCAGUUUAUUGUUAUUUUAUUAUUAUUUUUAUGUGCGGUCUUGUGUUGUAAAACGUUCUCUGUAGUGUGCCAGUCAUAUACUACCUCCAUUUACACAAUCUUGUUUGCUAGAACUGAAUAAACAAGGCUACAUCACAACACAAUGCAAGCGUAAUAUUCUCUGAACGUUUGUCUCUGCUUGUGUAUUUGCGUAAAACUGGAUGGUUGAGUGUUUUGUUUUGUUCAUCAAACUUAUUAAGAUCUACCGCGGCUGGACUAGCUACCCGGCGGUGCAAACCUUGGCUCUAGAUGAUUAUCACUGUUGAGGUGACACCCGGGCCCGACUCCAUGUGUAAAAAAUGAGGAAAAGGGGUUGUGGAUGGAUGGAUGAAUGGACUUGUUAAGAUCUUCUAUGACAACUUAGUAUUGAUGUUUAAGACGCCCUGAAGCUUACGUUUAUUUAGACAUGUGCAUAACACACUUCUUCAUAACAAUACUUGUACAAUGUAGUUCAGAUCAAUUGCUGUAUAGAAAAGAAUCAGUGUCUAAACAAAAAGAAGUUUGAAUGUUAGUGGCGAUCAAUAAUGGAAAAUGGCCAAAAAAAUAGGUUCCUAUGCUUUCCUAAAUGCACCUUGCUAUGAAAUGCAAAUAAGCGUUACAACUCAACUAAGACUGGUUAGUCAUUUGUAACUGAUGAAUCAAACCUUUAAAAAAAAUCUGCCCCUGAGCUAAAUCGCAGUCCUCUCCUCACAUGCAUAGCUAUCAUUGUUGCUGGGGUAAUGAUAUCAAACCAAGGAGGAAAUAAGGGAGCGAAUAUUCAUAGGCAUGUUUUUCAUUAGGUAGUGAUUAACCAGAGUUUCAGUAAGAUGUAGUUUGCCUUUGAGUCAAGGGUAAAUUAAACACUGACAAUGUUUUAAAAUUACAAUAUGUGAGAUUUCAUAUUGUAGUGGUUUGGAGGGGUGUAUAUAUGAGCCGCAUUUCAGGGGCACUGAUGAGGAUGUGACACAUUCUUUGAAAAAGAGUGUUACAUUUGUUUGCCUUUAUGAGGACCCUUUGCUGUUAGUGUGCAAGUGUAUUGCCAUCCGUUCUAGUCUGCACAGAAGUAGUUUAUAGUGCAUUUAUCUGUACGUUUAUUUAUUUGCUGGCUUUUUCAAUUGAUUGUUGCAGUUUUAGUGUUAAAACGUGGCGCAAGCAUUGCAAUCUGGCAAGGCGGUGCCUGGGUUUGUCCCAUGGUUGCAUAUAUUAAUCCGUCAGUUAUCUCAAUCUGAGUUCGACUCUAGCUGUCUUAAAAAAAAGUACUGGAGCGGCACACGGGGGGUAGUUUGUUGCCUCGGGAGUGGUAAAUGCAAACUGAAGCCAAAGAUUUCCCGAUGUACGUGAACAUUUAUUUAUUCUGCUCCUGUGCUCAAAGGGAAACAGUAAAGGCACUGAGGCAGGUCAAGCCUUGUCAGAGGUUAUAUUCCACUCUGGUUAACAUUGUACGCAGUAAGGGCAGUGGCCACAAUGAGAAGUACUCACUAGACUGCUGUACAGCAAGGGCUGGCUAUUGUUUUCCUUUUAAAAAAGUGUGACUUUAGUGUACAUUUUGCCAUUACAGAUGAAUUCUUACUUUGUGAAUCCCUUUUACUCAAAUUACAAGUCAAUAGAGACAGUAAAUCCACCUUACUACGACUGUCACUUCUCUCAGGACGUAAACAGCAGACAUGCAGUGAUGUACAACACUGCUAACUUCCAACACCCAGCUCAAGUUCAAGAGUUUUACCAUCAUGGGACCUCGGCUGUGCCAAAUGCAGGCUAUCAACAGAGUCCUUGUGGAAUUACUUGUCACAGUGACCCGUCUAAAUUUUACGGAUACGAUAACUUACAGAGACAGCCGCUUUUUACGACCCAGCAAGAGGCUGAUUUGCUACAAUAUCCUGACUGUAAAUCGUCUAUUAUUGGAGAGGAACCAGAACGCUUAGAUCAAAACUCGUCUCCUUCGCAAAUGUUUCCUUGGAUGAGACCUCAAGCCCCUGGUAGAAGGAGAGGAAGACAAACAUACAGUCGUUACCAAACGCUGGAGCUAGAAAAAGAGUUCCUUUUUAACCCAUACCUGACAAGAAAGCGAAGGAUUGAAGUUUCUCACACACUGGGGCUUUCGGAGAGACAAGUAAAGAUUUGGUUCCAGAAUCGUAGGAUGAAAUGGAAAAAGGAAAAUAACAAGGACAAAUUUCCUGCUUCGAGAGAAGAAGGAGAGGAAAAAGAAAUAAAGCAGGAGAGAGAAAUUAUGGAGCCAGACAAACCAGAAAACGAGACCUGUUAAUUACAUCUGGUCAGUUUUUGUCUGCUGUAGCAGCUUGCAUUUUUAGGUGACCGUGGGCAGAUGUCACACUAUAUGGAAUCCCUCUUCCACGUGUUCAUCUUUAGAAAGCAGAUACUAUGAUAUAUGUUAUAUAUUAUGUGAAAUUAAUGAGGGACUUGCGAACUAGUAACAUGAAAGAGACCUUUAAGGUAAAUGAUUUUUAAUUAGUAAACUAUUGAUUACAUUAUUGAUUUUUAGUAAAUCGUUUCUGAUUCCUCGUAAUCUAGAUUCCAAGAAUCAUAAAGAACUUCAUUAAUGAACCAUACAUGAAAUAUUCGUCUAAUCAGAAAAAUGCAUUUAUAAUUUGUAAAAUCUCUGAAAUUGUUACGGUAUUAUUAUAUAAAGUUUAAACCAGAUUGUUUCCACUAAUUUCUUUUUGGUAUAUAAAACAAAAAGUGACUGUUGUACUUCUCAAGUUUAAUAGAAAGAUGUAUAAUCAGAGGUCCUUGUGAAGAAAAGAGAUGCAGUCAUUUGUAAGACAGGAAACUGUGUGUGUGUUUGCGUGAGAGAGAGAGAGAGACAGAGACAGAGAGAGGGAGUGACGAAUUCGAAAGUACUGCUGUCCAUUUUAUAGCAUGACUAAGGCUGUAUAUAGCCUUUAAUCUCUUUCUCACCUCUGCUUAGGAAAACGUGUGUAUAUCCGCCCAUUCUUUUUUAAGUGUUUUUUUUUUUUUCAAAUCCAUGUUUUAGCUCUGCAAUAUUUACUGUAAAAUUCUAAA